AUGUCUUCUGUGUGUGUGGCGACGAACGCGUCUGCUACUACUGGACAAGCUGCACGGAAAGAGGGUGAGUCAGGUGGUCCAGGUUCUAAAGGUACUUGUCCUUCUGCUGGAGGAGAAAAGGACGUUACUUGUCCGUCUGAUAGUGAUGAUACGUCUUGUUCUUCUGAUCUUUCUGAUUCUACUGGUGGUCGUACUUGUCCUCAAGCCGAAGGAAAAGGGAAGAAUCACGGUCAACCUGCUGGUCCUGCUGGUGAAAGGGGUGAACAGGAUCCUUCUGGUGCUACUACUUGUCCUGAUGGUAAUACAGCUAAUGCUAAGUGUCCCAAAGAUACAACAUUACGAAUGGAUCCGGUUGAAGCGGAAGGCCAUGCUGAGGCUUCACAUGGUCAAGGUGCUGCUCGUGGUGUCAGCGCAGCAGGAAACGGUGCUGGUGACGCAGGUCGCGCUAGUGCUCCAACUCAAGAGGAAACUCCGGUACAUCAAGGUGAACAAGAAGCUGCUGCACCUACUGAUCCUGCUAUGAGACCUGGGGCACCUGCAAGUGCACCUAACACUGGAAACAGCAGCAACAGUGAAGGAAGUGAAAGUGAAACAUCACAACCUCCACCUUCUCCUAACGGUUCAGCCACAGCGGGUGAUGCUGGUUCUAAUCCUGCAUCGAAUGAAGAUGGUACAUCUGAAGGGACGGAAGCAACAAGCACCCAAGAUGCUGUUGGAAAUACAGAUAUAACCACCACCACCACCACAACAACAACAACCACAACACUUCCUCCCGAACUCUCAAACAACAAGAAGGGUGAUGCAGACAGCAGCAGCAGUAUCAGCAGUUCUGUGUGGGUGCGUGUGCCACUACUGAUUGUGGUUACACUGGCCUGUAUUCUUGUUUGCUGA